CUGCCGAUUCGUACAACCGUCAACACAGUGCCACGUAACCACCCGAGGAACACGCACUCCGAUGUGUAUGCCUUAAAAAACUAGAGACCAAACAGAGGACAUAUCCCACCACCACCGCAGCGACUCCCCUCCGCCGCCGUGACUCAGAUCCGGUUCUGCCGGCUCCGCCUAAAAAUACCCAUCUUUGUGUAAAAGAGAAGAAAAAUUAAGAGGUCGGAAGGAAUUUUGAUUGAUGACCCAUUUUUAUUAUAAGGAAUUUUGAUCGUUGUGAUCCCAAUUAAAGGAAGAGAGGCUUUUUGGGUUAUUAAUUAUGGAGCAGAAGGGUUUGUUGCUGUCGGCGUUGAGUGUCGGCGUCGGAGUUGGAGUGGGGCUCGGAUUAGCCACCGGACAGAGCGUCGUCACCAAAUGGUCCGCCUCUAAUUCUUCCUCCAACCUCAUCACCGCCGACAAGCUCGAACAGGAAAUGCUUAAACAGAUUGUUGAUGGCCGUCAAAGCAAAGUCACUUUUGAAGAUUUCCCUUAUUAUCUCAGUGAACAAACACGAGUAGUAUUAACAAGUGCGGCGUACGUGCAUUUGAAACACGCUGAAGUUUCGAAGUUCACUCGAAACCUCUCGCCUGCAAGCCGAGCCAUCUUACUCUCUGGCCCAGCUGAGCUUUACCAGCAAAUGCUUGCCAAGGCAUUGGCUCACUACUUCGAGGCCAAAUUGUUGCUUUUAGAUAUCACUGACUUCUCCUUGAAGAUUCAGAGCAAAUAUGGGACUUCUGUCAAGGAAUCUGCUUUUAGAAGGUCUACCUCAGAGUCUACAUUGGAGAAAUUGUCUAGCUUAUUUGGAUCGUUUUCGAUCCUUCCACCCCGAGAAGAACAAAGAACAGGUUCGUUGCGGAGGCAACGUAGUGGUGUGGAACUAGCGUCGUGGGGAAAGGAAGGAUCUUCUAAUCUUCCGAAACUUCGAAGAAAUUCGUCUGCUGCUGCUAAUAUUAUUAACCUCGCGAACCAGUGCAAUGUCGAGAAGUCAGCUUCCCUUAAGCACACGAGCAGCUGGGCGUUCGAGGAGAAACUGCUUAUACAGUCACUAUAUAAGGUUCUUGUAUACGUGUCGAAAGCGAGUCCGAUUGUUUUAUAUCUUCGUGACGUAGAUAGUUUCUUAUCGACCUCAAAUAGGAUCUACAACUUGUUCCAAAAAAUGCUACAAAAACUGUCUGGAUCAAUUUUGAUACUCGGUUCGCGUACUAUCGAUCCGAGCAAUGAUUAUAUGGAGGUGGACGAGCGGCUGUCCGCUCUUUUUCCUUAUAAUAUCGAGAUCAGGCCACCCGAAGAUGAAUCUCAGCAUGUCAGCUGGAAGUCUCAAUUGGAAGAAGAUAUGAAAAAGAUCAAGGUUCAGGACAACCGAAACCAUAUCAUCGAAGUUCUUUCAGCAAAUGAUCUCGACUGUGAUGAUCUCGACUCGAUCUGCGUUGCUGAUACGAUGGUUCUCAGUAACUACGUAGAAGAGAUUGUAGUGUCUGCAGUUUCUUAUCAUCUAAUGAACAACAAGGAUCCCGAAUACCGAAACGGAAAACUGAUCAUUUCGAGCAAGAGUUUGUCCCAUGGAUUGAGCAUAUUCCAAGCAGGAAAAUCCACUGGCAAGAAUUCAGUACAGCUUGAAGCACAAACUGAAGCUUCAAAGGACUCGGGAGCGGCGAAAUCCGAAGCAAAAGCUGAUACCACAGCUGAAGCAGCGCCUGCUGCAGUGACGAAAACCGAGGGAGAGACCGCGGUUCCAGCUGCAAAAGCCCCGGAAGUUCAACCAGACAACGAGUUCGAGAAACGCAUUAGGCCGGAGGUCAUACCAGCGAACGAGAUUAAUAUUACAUUUUCCGAUAUCGGGGCGAUGGAGGAGAUAAAAGAUUCUCUUCAAGAACUUGUAAUGCUUCCUUUACGAAGGCCGGAUUUAUUUCUCGGAGGUCUUUUGAAGCCAUGUAGAGGCAUAUUAUUGUUCGGACCGCCCGGAACUGGAAAGACUAUGUUAGCCAAGGCCAUAGCGAAAGAAGCCGGAGCAAGCUUCAUUAAUGUAUCGAUGUCGACCAUAACUUCGAAAUGGUUCGGAGAAGACGAGAAGAAUGUUCGAGCUUUAUUCACAUUAGCAGCCAAAGUCUCUCCCACGAUCAUAUUUGUGGACGAGGUAGAUAGUAUGCUCGGACAGCGCACGAGAGUUGGCGAGCAUGAGGCAAUGAGGAAAAUAAAGAACGAGUUCAUGGCUCAUUGGGAUGGACUGUUGACAAAGCCAGGGGAGCGCGUGCUCGUUCUUGCAGCAACCAAUAGGCCGUUUGACCUCGACGAAGCCAUCAUACGUCGAUUCGAGCGAAGAAUAAUGGUGGGGUUACCAACAGCAGAGAAUAGAGAAAUGAUAUUAACAACUCUGUUGGGGAAAGAAAAGGUUGAAGAAGGGCUAGACAUGAAGCUCCUUGCUGCAUUCACAGAAGGAUAUAGUGGAAGUGAUCUCAAGAACUUCUGUAUGACGGCUGCAUAUCGACCCGUUCGGGAGCUAAUAAAGCAAGAAAGACUCAAGGAUAUGGAGAAAAAACGAAGGGCUGCUGAAGGGCAGAAUAAGGCAGUAGGGGAUGGAGAUGGCGAAAGCAAGGAAGAAAGAGUCAUCACUCUUCGGGCGCUAAAUAUGGAGGAUUUCAAACAAGCGAAGAAUCAGGUUGCAGCGAGUUUUGCAGCGGAAGGGUCGAUGAUGAGUGAAUUGAAGCAAUGGAAUGAGUUAUAUGGGGAAGGAGGGUGUAGGAAGAAGCAACAGUUGAGUUAUUUCCUGUGA